AUGGGUCGACGUCAUCAACAACUGAAAUUUGCAACCACAGCACGUUGUACCUCUCAAAUCCACACAGAACUUCCAGGCCCUCAGCCACAGACAUUCACCUCUCAGCCACAGACUUCCAGCCCUCAGCCACAGACAUUCACCUCUCAGUCACAGACUUUCACCUCUCAGCCACAGACUUUCAGCUCUCAGCCACAAACAAUCACCUCUCAGCCACAGACAUUCACCUCUCAGCCACAGAAUUUCAUCACAUGGCCACAGACUUUCACCUCUCAUCCACAGACUUUCACCUCUCAGCCACAGACAUUCACCUCUCAGCCACAGACUUCCAGCCCUCAGCCACAGACAUUCACCUCUCAACCACAGACUUCCAGCCCUCAGCCACAGACUUUCAGCUCUCAGACACAGACAUUCACCUCUCAGCCACAGACUUUCACCUCUCAACCACAGAAUUUCAUCACAUGGCCACAGACUUUCAUCACACAGCCACAAACAUUCAUUUCUCAGUCACAGACAUUCACCUCCGAGAUACAGACUUUCAACUCUCAGUCACAGGCAUGCACUCAGUCAGAUACAAAGACCUCUUUGCAACAGCCAAGUACUCAGUUACCACAGGCAUUUGAUACACUCUCUUGUACAGUACCAAAGGUUAACUUAGCUGAUGUCAACUUAGGUGAAGAAAUUGGAAGAGGUGGAUUUGGCAUAGUAUAUAAAGGGUUAUGGAUAGGCACUAAAGUGGCCAUAAAAGAAAUCAGGAUCAAGAGAAUUAAGGUUGCAAAACCACUAGUUGAUCGUGAACUUUGUGUCCAUUCACAACUUAGGCAUCCUAAUAUUGUUAUGCUGAUGGCAUUUGCUUUGGAAAAGGAUCGAUUAUAUUUGAUUUCAGAACUUAUUGAUGGCCUUACUUUAGACAAUUGUCUUUUUGGUAAUGAUGCAAUGUGUAUGAACAUGUCUGUGAAAUUAAAUGUUUCUUUAAUGGUAUCCCAAGCUAUUGCAUACUUACAUGCGCAAAACCCAAUGAUCAUACAUAGGGAUAUAAAGCCUGAAAAUAUACUUGUUGCAAACAAUUUUGGUGUAGUGAAGUUAUGUGAUAUGGGUAUUAGCAAGCUCAAGACAAUGAACACUGUUACCACAACUAUGGCUGGUGUUUGCUUACAGCCAGGAACUCCUGCAUAUCAGGCACCAGAGAUUCUUCUUAACAGGCAAAGUGCAAAUGAAAUGACAGACAUUUGGAGUCUUGCUUGUACUCUUGUGGAAAUAUUUAAUGAACUGCCUGUCUGGAACACUUCUGAUGAACCAGUGAUGUAUAUAAUGAAUAAGAUGAAACUGCAAGCCAAACCAGAUGGGUUAGAAGUACUAGCAGCCCUGGCUGAUACUUACAAUGAAAAUGUUGAGAGUAAAAUCUACAACCUUCUGAAUAAGGGAUUGAGCUAUAAUGAUUGUGAAAGACCUCGUGCUAUUCAAAUAGUGAACUGUUUUCAUGGUUUUGUAGGAGUCCGCUAAUUAGUUAGCUGAAAACUGAUUCAGUGAUAGUGGUUAUAAAAGGAGAGGAUAUAUCAUUUUUAAAAUUCUCCUAAGUCUGAAGAAUAUUUUACAGAGCAAAUGAUGUACAUUGUACAUAAUUGUAUUUACAUGUAAAAGAAAUGUCAUUUGAAAAUUUAGAUUACAAUUCACUGAAGAGAAAUUUCAUUAAUACAAAUCAACAGUCAUGAAAGAAAUAUGUUAUAGACAAAAAAACUGUGUUUCUGUGAGAAUUUUCUUUGCUUUGUUGAUAAAACAUUCUUUUUCUGUGAAGUUAGGAAAACUAUUAUGUUCUUGGAGUUGAUGUAUGUUUCAAAAUUAAUAAUUCUGAAACAGCACAUCAACUAUGUGUACAUAUAUUAAUAUUUUUGUUCUUUUUUUAGUCCCCUACUGGUUUAACCGGAGGAGACUUUAGGUUUACCCUCCGUUCGUCUGUCUGUCCGUCUAUUCACAAAACUUAAUCCCAUGAUAACUGAAAAAAAACUCAUUUUUUUUUAUGAAACUUGAAAUAUGGGUAGAUGGCAGACUGGAGGUUAUGCAUGUCUUGAAAAAUUUUGUUGCUAUGGCAACAAUAGAAUUAAAAUAAGGCAAAUAUAACAAAAACUGGAUUGCUAGAUAACGCAAAAAGUAUGGACAAUAUUUUUAAGAAACCUAAAAUACAGGUAGAUGAUAGUCUGUAGAUUAUGUAAAUCUCUUUUUUAUGUCUUCCUAUGUUGAAUUUGAUUGAUAUGGCAACAAAUAGACUUAAAAUUUGGUAAAUAUAACAAUACUUGUGCUAAUGCAAAAGUACUGAAAAUAUUUUUUUUGAAACUUAAAAUAUAAAUAGAUUGCAUUAUGGAGAUUAUGCAUCUCAAGGUUCACAACUCUAGCACCAAAAUUAUAAGAUUUACUCCCCUUAAUGAAUCUACUUCAAACUUUAUAUGUUUCCUAUCAUCACCUACAUCAUAAUGGCAAGGUUCAUAUACAUCAACAGUUCUGAUCUUUUUAAUUAUCUGUGAUAUAAACAUAAUUUUCUUACUAUGCAGGGAUAUUUACCACAUAAGGAUGAUACAUACAAACCUUUAAGAAUGAAUAUGUCUUCGACAAUGGCAUUAUUAAAGUGCCGAGGCCCUUCAGAAUGUUCCUGACAAAUGUAUUGUGGGGUUCUAGCUGGUAGGGAACUUUAGUAUUGUUUGCAAUACUUUGAAAAUUGUUUGUUAUCUUUAGUUUGACCUUUUCAUGCAAGCACAUACAUUUUUAUUGGUAGGAAAAGCUAUAUGCCAUUUGAACCAUUGCUAUUUGUGAAAGUUUUUAAUGUUUAAUAAAUAUUACUUUUUUUUGAACAUUUAUACUCUUAAGUUCUUAGUGUAUUAUCUUCAUACUAGACCACAACAACCCUUUUGCUAAGACCUUCAAGUAGACCAGACUGAACUUGACCUUCAUUUAUAAAUGACUUAGACCUUCAAUGUCAUACAUGGUACAUGUAAUUAAUGAAUGGAUUAAACAACCUUUUUGGACAAUGUCUUAAAGGUGGAACUGACCUUGACAUUGAGCUUUUAAUGAUCUUGACAGUCAAUGUCAAAUUAUUGAAUAUUGUCAUAAUUUUGUUAUUUUUUUUGUACAGAUUUGAUUCAUACCUGGACAAAAUAACACUUAUAAACCAAACAGAGAUGUUGAGUAAUGUAGAUAUGACCUUGAACUUUAAAUGACCUUGACCAUUAAAUGAUUGAAUUUUGCUGAUAUUUUCUUACAUUUUUCCUUUGUUAAUGGAAAAGAUUUAUAUUUGGACAAAACAACAAGUGUGACUAGACAGUUCUAUUGAAAUUUCUAUAAAGGAAAAACUUACUUUUUUUUCUUAUUUAAGAUUUGUUUAUUCUUUUUUAAGAUUUGUUUAAACCAUUUGUUUGCUACUAGAAAAAGUAAAAAAAGUCAAGGGUUUCCUCCUCCCAGCGGUGGCUCUUGUUUAGAUUUCAUGUCUGGCAUACACUUCUAAGUUUGCUUACUCUUAAGCGGGCAUAUUUUACUCUUUUUUACUACAGUUUUUUUAAAUUUUAUUGCCAGAAGACCUUUGGCGAGUUUGAAUUCGGGUCACAUCAAAAACUAGGUUAUAAGGUCAAGUACAACAAAACAAUAUUCCUAUUCAGAUCUUAACAAGGCUUAAUUAGAUGUGUGUUCAUCUAAGUGAAUAAUUGUUGGUGAAGAAUUCAUUUCUGCACACAUUAGGUUAAUGCCUAAGUCAAAGGAAUACACGUAAUUUGUUUAUACACAUAAGUCACGUGUUUGACAAACGGUUAAUGUUAUUAGGUUAGAAACUUUGACUUCGUGAAAUCUUUCUAUUUAACUACCUCCUCAUAAAAAGUACAACAACUAAGUCAUGGUAUCAAAUGCUUAGAAAAUUGCUCUAGAGGUCACAUUUUCCCCAGCUUUAGUAAAACUUAGUGAAUUAAAGAAAAACUAUUUCAGUUGGAUUCAAAAACUAUGUAAAGAUGAGUUGUGACAUCUGUGUCUUAUGUACAUAUUUCUAGUUAAUUAUAAAAAGUAUAAUGAUGACAAGACUUUAGUGAGCAAUUCUGUGCUUUUCAUCUGAUAAGAAGUAAGUCACAAAGUCAACAUAUUGUAAUGUGUGUACUUUAGUUUGAACAAGACAUUGGUUUGAAACAAAUUAACUGUUUCAGUCUAUGAGUGUUCUUCAUAAUGUACUGAGUUGUUCGAAAUAAAUCAUCACUAAUCUGUCUCAGUAUCAAGUAAAACUUGUAUAGAGAGUUGAAGGGUUUACAAUAAUUUAGUUACUGAUUUUUACUUUUGGAUUAGACUUGAAAAUCAUUGUGAAUUGUCAUUGUCUGAUGGCUAUACGUUUGUGGCCUGCCCAUGGUCAUGACUUUAUAUAUUUCUUGCAGAAUGUAAAGUGUCAAUUUUUCACUAUUAUAAAAACCCUAUUGGUGCUGGGAAAAGAAAAAACUUUACACAACAAUCUAUCAUUUAUGUGAUGCAAUGUAUGUUCUAUACGUCAAUAAAUGUAUCAAGUACCUCAA